CAAAGUUCUACAGCUUAUAAUGGAAUGUCAUCUAAAGCAGUAGAUGGUAAAACUAAAACUAAUUAUUUCCAAGGCCUUUCUUGUACGCAUACAAGUGAAAGCAGUGCAGGUUGGUGGUGUAUCAAUCUUCAACAAAUCUACAAUAUCAUCAACAUAACAAUAUAUAACAGAGCUACAGAGCAGCAUAGACUUAAAGGAUUUGAACUGAAGAUAAGUUCUAGUGAUCAGUGUAAUGGAGCAGGGUUUAUGUCAGCUACACCAUGUUAUAAAGAUACCUCACAAGAAAUCCUCCCAGUGUAUAACAUAACAGAAUGUAACCAACCUUCUUCAACAUCAUUAUCAGCUAAAACAUUUUUUAUUAAUGUUACUGAUGUGCUUACCUUAUGUGAAGUUCAAAUAUAUACAGGUAUAUGCAGUGAUGGUUAUUACAAUGUGUCUAACUCCAGAUGUAAAGCAUGUAAUACAUGUGUUGGCAAUGAAUGUAAUCCAGAGAGUGGAAUAUGUAAUGAUGGAUGUAAGGAUGGUUAUAAAGACUCUAGAUGCACCACAGCAUGUCCAACCAACUGUGUUAGAUGUAAUGACAGUUCAUGUUCUGUAUGUAAACCAGGAUGGUAUGGUACAAACUGUCAACAGAGAUGCAAUGAAGGAUGUCUGAACACUACAUGUACUAAGUCUAAUGGAUCUUGUUCUAUCUGUAAAUCCGGAUGGUAUGCUACAAACUGUCAGGAGAGAUGUAGUGAAGGAUGUCUAAAUAUCACCUGUUCUAAAUCUGAUGGAUCUUGUUCUGUCUGUAAACCAGGGUGGUAUGGUACAAACUGUGACUCUGUGUGUUCUGGUAAUUGUAAUGAUGGAUGCAAUAAAUCUAAUGGUAUUUGUAAUGAAUGUAAGCAGGGAUAUGUUGGUUUGUUUUGUGGUAUCGAAUGUGGCGCUAUAUGUCAACCAAUAAUGAACGGAGCAAAGGAGCUAAACGAAUGUGAUGUAGACCAAGAUUGUAGUAAAAACUGUACUGAAAUCUGUGUAGAUGAAAUUUGUAACCAUAAGUCAUUGAAUUGUUCCUAUGGAUGUAUAGGUGGUAAAAAGGGUCAUAGCUGUUCGAAGCCUCUGGUAUCAGAUAAUAUACCUACAGCUAAUGAUAAUACAGCUAUUAUAGCAACAGUUGUAUCUGUGUUACUUCUAAUAUUAAUUUGUUGUUUGGUCGUCUUUUUAGUUUUUAAACACAAAAGGUGA